CUGGAAAAUUCCAAUAUUGUGACCAGUGAGGGACUGAUGGUGUUAAAUAACCGGAAAAGUCUCCUAAAAAGCGUUUGAUACCCGCCACUGCCUCUGAGUCUACCGUUCUGUUCUUCAUUUGUGUGCGUUAAGCAUUCUUCUUUCUUUCCUUCUCAUUUUUCACCCAUUUAUUUUCAGAGUUCUAUUUGCUGCUAUUUUCCCCCCAAUUUCCUAGAAACUAAACUAGGAUAAUAAUAUAGAAGGUAAACAAAUUAUGGAUAUUGAUGCAAUUUUUGGGACCAUUCGACCCGUGAGUGUUCCAAGGAAGAGUGCCAUUUAUGUGUGGGGGUACAAUCAAUCAGGGCAGACAGGUAGAAAGGGGAAAGAGGAUCAGUUGAGGAUUCCCAAACAGCUUCCUCCUGAGCUGUUUGGGUGUCCGGCUGGCACCAAUGCGCGCUGGUUGGAUGUUGCCUGUGGUCGGGAGCACACGGCGGCGAUUGCCUCUGAUGGCUCACUCUUCACUUGGGGGGCUAAUGACUUUGGUCAAUUGGGUGAUGGAACUGAGGAGCGAAGGAAACUUCCAGAAAAAGUAAAGCAAUUAGAGUCAGAGUUUGUAAAAUCUGUAUCCUGUGGAGCACAUUGUUCUGCUUGCAUUGCUGAACCUCAUGAAAAUGACGGUACCAUCUCCACAAGAAGGCUCUGGGUGUGGGGGCAAAAUCAGGGGUCGAAUCUUCCAAGGUUGUUCUGGGGGGCAUUCAAACCUAAUACUAUUAUUCGUGAAGUGUCCUGUGGAGCUGUCCAUGUGGUUGCUUUGUCUGAGGAAGGCCUACUACAAGCUUGGGGCUACAAUGAAUAUGGUCAACUUGGCCGAGGUGUUACUUGUGAAGGACUACAGGGGGCUUGUAUUAUAAGUUCUUAUGCUAAAUUCCUUGAUGAAGCCCCUGAGCUUGUGAAGAUUGCCAAAGUGUCAUGCGGGGAGUACCACACAGCAGUCAUUUCUGAUAAGGGCGAGGUCUACACAUGGGGGCUAGGAAAUAUGGGCCAGCUUGGGCAUUCUUCACUCCAGUACGGGGAUAAAGAGUUACUGCCAAGGAGGGUAGUUACCCUUGAUGGUAUUUUCAUAAAGGACGUGGCAUGUGGCGGUGUACACACAUGUUCUGUAACUCAGGGAGGAGCACUUUAUGCCUGGGGUGGUGGUCGGUCUGGGCAGCUAGGGCUUGGCCCCCAAACUGGAUUAUUCUCGUGUGUUGCUAAUGACUCUCAGACAUUUUUCCGAAACAUUCCAGUUUUAGUAGUUCCUAAAGGUGUGCAACUUGUUGCAUGUGGGUAUUCUCACACCCUUGUCUCUAUGAGUGAUGGUCGAAUUCAUGGAUGGGGUUACAAUAAUUAUGGUCAGGCAGCAAAUGAGAAAUGUACAUAUGCUUGGUAUCCAUCACCAAUUGACUGGUGUGUUGGGGAGGUUCGGAAACUAGCUGCUGGUGGUGGUCAUUCAGCUGUGUUGACUGAUGCUUAUUCAUUAAAGGAGUUAUGCGAGUUUGUACUUGCAGAUAGUAUGACUUUAUCUAAUGCUGCUAAGGUUGAGGAUAUUGCAUAUAGAACUGGAUCAGAUGCUUUGGCGCGCCUUUGUGGAAGACUUAGAGAGUAUAUGCUUGCUGGUGGAGCUCUUGAACAAAAGGAGGAGAUGAACUGUAAAAUCUGACUAAGCAUAUAAAGUUAGUAUUAGUAAUUAUUUAUGUAUACUCAUGUUGUAUGAUACAUGUAUUCAUAAGGGGAAUGUCGUCAUUAUUGAACAAAAGCAAUCACACGAUUGACGCAAGCAAGAAAUCACUUGCUACGUAGACAAUGAAUUUGUCCAUAUCGAAUCAACAGAUCACUAACUCUUGUAGGGUGAACAUCGUAAACAUUCUGAAUAACUCUUGAUUUAAACGAGACUCCAGUUAUGUUGAUUAGCUACUUU